GUCACGGUCCCUUCAUGGCUCCCAUUCUCUUGUCGCGGUCUCUCGAUUUUGGUCUGGGGAUCCUAACAGGCGUAGGAGCGUAUUUCCUGCACGAAAACCACCCACGCUCCAAUAUCCCUCGCGAAGAUCGUCUAUUUGAACUGCUGAAGUGGAAAUGGGAGCAACAUGCUAAGCUGCAGCAAUCCGAGACGAAUUCGUGACCAAGUCUGUCGUUACACGUAUCGUAGAGUCCGACCCUGACCAGCGGCAAUACAAAAACGCGGCCAGGAUAUAUACGCUCUCAAUCCCUAUCCUCGCCCGCCCCCAUAUACAUCCACUCCUUGAACAGAACACGAAGACGUUCACUCUUCCCUUCGCCCAAUUUCCUUGCCAGACCAAUCCAAGCACCCACUGUCAAAUCACUCAUUCCGUACGCUGUAUGACGUUUCUUGAGCUCCUUCGGCAAAUUCUUGAGAGGCACGGGGCACGAAUCGUUGGACGCCAUCAUCGUGGACUUGUAUGUCAGAUAUUCCAAUUUGAACUUGGGAGCGUGCGUCUUGUUUGCUUCUUCCAGAUGCGGAAUGUAGUACUGGAAACCUGGCCUUGGUCCCUGCUCAAUUCAAACAGAACUAGACGCACCUGAGCAUAGCCAAGCGGCGUCCACAAUUGGUUUCGCCGGGAAGGAGAAUCUGGAUCUGAAUGCCAGGGCUCGUUCAGAUGGCAUUUCCAGGUGUCACGAUAUUGAUCCAUUUUGCAAAGCUCGGUCUUGUUGCCGUCUCCCCGAGGAUGCCUGGACUUUUC